AUGUUCCAGGUACGAGUUGUAGUAGAUAUUAAGCACCACACACCUCAAAGCUCGGUAAACGAUGAUGACGAUGGCGACAAGGUCGCAAGAAUUUCUUCUACCAAUCCCAAAACUUCAAAAGGAGUGAUACUGGAGGUUGAUGACGAUGAAGUCCAACUCCGAAAUGAUGAAGAGAGUACGUGUCCAGUCCGCAUCGUGUUGCGCUGGAUCGCAGUUGGUCAACUAAUGUCCGAGCCAGCAAAUCGUUUGCUCAUGGAUAGUGAUUACCAAGAAGUUGUUGUUGAUUUAUCCCUACUUACAGAUGGAUCAUCAAUGAAUAGUUAA